AUGGCUCUAUCCUGCGUAUUGAGGCCACCGAACUGGCACCUCCGCCCUCUGCCUUUCGCGCUGCUCAGCCUGCCCGGUCGGGACCGCAGCCUGGUGACAACGACAGCAGCAAAGUGGAAGGGGAAGAAGAAGGCCAGGAAAGAUUGCAGCCUGCCAGAGUCUUCUUGGGAGGAGAGGUUAGCCAACGCGGUGACUCCACUGUGGAGACUUCCCUAUAAGGAGCAGCUGCAGCCCAUCAUUAAUGGUUACCGAAACAAAUCCACUUUCUCUGUGAACCAAGGACCGGAUGGGAACCUCAAAACUGUGGGGUUGUAUGUAGGAACUGGCAGAGAAAGAAAUAUUGUCUGUGUGAAAGCCUAUCACAUGGAGAACAUACCCCAGAAACACAAACAAGUAGCCCAGUGCUAUGAAGAGUUCAUCUGUCGCUCCCCCCUGGCUCCCUGCAUCCUCUUCCAUGAAGGUGGACACUGGCGGGAGCUUGUGGUUCGAACCACCAGCUGUGGCCACACCAUGGCUAUCAUCACUUUCCACCCCCAGGAUCUGGGCCAGGAGGCACUAGCUACUCAGAAAGCAUUGCUUAAGGAGUUCUUCACAUCUGGACCUGGAACAGUCUGUGCCUUGACUUCACUUUAUUUUCAAGAGAGCACCAUGACACGCUGCUCCCAUGAACAGUCUCCCUACCAGCUCCUCCAUGGAGAACCACACAUCUUUGAAGAACUACUUGGCCUGAAGUUUCGCAUCUCUCCAGAUGCCUUUUUCCAAGUCAACACAGCUGGAGCAGAAGUUCUGUACCAGGCAGUUGGGGAACUCUGUCAGGCUACUGGGGACACUGUCCUCCUCGACAUCUGCUGUGGGACAGGCACAAUUGGUCUCUCUCUGGCUCAGCAAGUGUCCAAGGUUAUUGGUGUUGAGGUGGUGGAGAAGGCAAUAGAGGAUGCUAAGUGGAAUGCGGCAUUCAAUGGAAUCUCAAACUGUGAGUUUCACAGUGGGAAGGCAGAGGUUGUAUUACCACAGCUCCUGUCAUCAUGGGAGGACUCUCGACCGCUUGUUGCUGUGGUGAACCCAUCUCGGGCUGGGCUGCAUUACAGGGUUGUGAGAGCCAUCCGGAACUGCAGGGCCAUCCGCAGGCUGCUCUACAUCUCCUGCAAGCCCGAGGGUGAAGCCAUGAGGAACUUUAUUGAGCUGUGCUGCCCACCUGACCCAGGGAAGAAGCUGAGAGAAGAGCCAUUUGCCCCCAUGUUGGCUAUACCUUUUGACAUGUUUCCUCAUACUGUUCAUUGUGAGCUGGUGCUGCUCUUCACCCGCUGA